AUGCGGCUAUCAACAUCGUCAGCGGCCUCUCUUGGUCUGCUAUGGAUCACAUUUGCUCUGUCAUUUGUUGGCGCCGUAGCAGCAGCUGGGGAAGAGUAUUAUUUCGCUGGAGAACGCGUUCAUUUGAUUGCGAGGCAACAGCUACCCGAUCUGAGCAAUAUAUCAACAUGUGGUUUGAACUGCCUCGUACAGGGUAUCGCAGGGGUCGGAUGCGACCUCACGAACACAACUUGCUCUUGUGCGAGCACCGGUCUGGGUCAGCUCGUCGGCCCUUGUUUGAUAGCAAACUGCACCAUGCAAGACUCCCUGGAUGUCGCGAAACUGCAACAAACGCAGUGCAAUCUCCCUCACGAAUCCGACACUGGCAAAAUUCUUGCCAUUCUAAUCACCGUCUAUGUCACGGCUGUCGUUGCGAUUGUCUUGCGGCUUCUUGCCAAAAACAUGGCAAAGACGUGGAGUCUAGACGAUGCGUUGAUUAUUGCGGCGAUUGUCAUUGCGAUUGCCCCAGUAUCUGCAAUUUUGUUGAUGUCAAGCUUAGGAUUUGGGAAGCACCUUUACGAUCUUAAACCGGGUGGCUUACUGCAGAUCCUGCGACUACUAUACGCCGCCGAGAUUGUGUACGUCUUUGUACUCUUAUUCGCGAAGCUGUCCCUCGUCGUCUUCUAUCUACGAAUCUUCACCGUACCGAAGUUCCGCAUCGCUGCAUACACCCUGAUCGGAUUCCUUAUCGUCGGCCAGGUGGUCAUCGGCUUUCUCACUAUCUUCUCGUGUCACCCGAUCGAGCUAUUCUGGAACAAGGACAUCCACACAGGCGCCUGCCUCGAUGUCAACCAACUUGCCUACGCGAACUCUGCCUUGGCCAUCAUCCAGGACCUUCUUAUUCUCGCCCUCCCGAUAGCGAUGCUUCCAGGCCUUCAAAUGAACCGGAACAAGAAGGUUUCAGUUGCCAUGGUAUUUCUUCUCGGAUCUGUCGGCUUCGUCUCGACCAUUAUCCGUCUUCAGGUUCUCGCAGUGUUUGGAAACUCCAUCGACCCGACGUGGGACUACGCGCCCGUUGUGUGGUGGACGACAAUCGAACUAGGUGUCGUCGUGGUGUGCGCCUGUGCGCCCAUGAUCCGCAACUUGGUCGAGAAGAAGUUCCCCGGCUUUGCGCUCUUCGCGAGGUGGACCACCCCGAAGCCAUCCAAGGGCAGCAGCCCAUCCUCGAACGGCAGCGUGGACAAGCCGACAAAGGCUGCUGGGCGAUAUCAGAAGUUCGGGCGGAGUAACAGCCCGCCUCAAUUUAGCGACAAUUAUGUUCGCGAUUACAUCACGAGUCCCAAAGGCCCUCCAGUACCCCCAAAGGACGAUCUGCCGCCAUCUCGUAGGUACCGGGACAUGUACGCCUACGGUGGAUCCAAGCCCAAGGUGCUUGAGCCCUCGUCGCCGUCCCCUCAGCCGUAUGACCUCUCGUGGAGAUCCAUGAACCCUUAUGGGAUUCCUAAAGAUGACCUGGAAUCAUCAUUGACCGAGUUUCGCCACCUCCCGCAGCUGCUUUGCACCUCCAACUCACUAUUCCGAAUCUGGAGCUCUCCGAAGGUUCAACUGUCCCAAUCUGGAUACAAGCCCGCGUCGCAGCUUCGCCUCACAGCUCUUUUGCGCGACACGAUGCGCGCAUUCUCACUCUCGUUGAGCCUGUUCAAGGCACCGCUCGGUCUUGUAGCCCUGUUACUGGUCGCCUCGGUCGUGGGACAUGGCGAUGGUGAUCUUCAACGUUACAUGGCCCUGGAAACCUGCCCGCCGCUGAAGAUUGUCAAUGGGAUCAACUUCACCACGCGGGCGUACUGGAUGCGCCAGGCCAACCUGGCCCUGCCCAACCCAUGCCCGUUCGCGGCCUUUGGCUCAGUGAUUGUGAAUCACACUACGGGCGGCUUGGGGGAACUGGUCUGCACCGGCGCGAACAACAAUGCUGGCACAGGCAACCCGACUCUGCAUGGGGAGAUGGCCGCCAUCGACAACUGCUCGGCAAUCUUUGUAGAUCCCCAGGGUCCAUACCGGAUGACGCCGGCUCAGGCCCUGGCCGCCUUUGCCAACCUGACCAUCUACACCAACGCCGAGAGCUGCCCCAUGUGCGCGUCGGCGGUGCGCUGGGCAGGCUUCAGGGAAUACGUUUUUGGCACGAGCAUCGAGACCCUCACGGAGGAGGGAUGGGGCCAGAUCCAAAUCACGUCCAGGGACGUCUUCCGGCAGUCCUCGGGCUUACCCCGCCGAACAAGGUUGCUUGGUCCGGUCUUGACGAACGAGACAGACCCCUUCUUUAGUUGGCAGUUUAAUGCGGGUGCGCCCUGUCCGCAAGGCUGCUCUCGGGGCGGAAGUGCAGGCGGUUGUGUUCCUGCAUGA